AUAGUCAAGUCAUGCUUUUUGAAAAGAUUAUUAGGGCAACAAGCAAUAACGUGGUGCAGUGGUACGUAACUGGUAAUCGGUUUCCGUGGGUUUAGUUUAUAAAUAGCUGCCCUUAUCAUCAUCUCCUGAUCAUCCACGACCCGAUCGAACACCAGCCAAAUAAGCAAUCAAGCUCCCCGAUAGAUUAGGCACCCACAAACACUUCCCGUUGUUCCUGUAAUACUCCAUCAAGAAGAUGAGGAAGGCGUCGUCACUGUCCCAGCUGGGUUUCGACGCGGACAGCGCGUCGUCGGGCUUCUUCCGGGCGGUGGCUGACGGACCUUACACGCCGACGUCGCACCGCCGUCGUCUGACCAAGGUGUCGGUCAUCGGCGCGGGCAACGUGGGCAUGGCGAUCGCGCAGACCAUCCUCACGCGCGACAUCGCGGACGAGAUCGCGCUGGUGGACGCGCUCCCGGACAAGCUCCGGGGGGAGAUGCUGGACCUGCAGCACGCGGCGGCGUUCCUGCCGCGCACGCGCCUGGUGUCGGACACGGACCUGGCCGUGACCAAGGGCUCCGACCUCGCCAUCGUCACUGCUGGCGCCCGGCAGAUCCCUGGGGAGACCCGGCUGAACCUGCUGCAGAGGAACGUGGCGCUGUUCAGGAAGAUCGUGCCGGCUCUAGCGGAGCACUCGCCGGAUGCGCUACUUCUCAUCGUCUCCAACCCCGUGGACAUUUUGACGUACGUGGCGUGGAAGCUGUCAGGGUUCCCGGUCAACCGCGUCAUCGGCUCCGGCACCAACUUGGACUCGUCCAGGUUCCGGUUCCUCCUCGCCGAGCACCUCGACGUCAACGCGCAGGACGUGCAGGCGUACAUGGUGGGAGAGCACGGUGACAGCUCGGUAGCUAUCUGGUCGACGGUGAGCGUGGCCGGGAUGUCGGUGCUCAAGUCUCUGCAGGAGAGCCACAGCAGCUUCGAUGAAGAGGCGCUCGAGGGCAUCCGCCGCGCCGUCGUGAACAGCGCCUACGAGGUGAUCGGCCUCAAGGGCUACACCUCCUGGGCCAUCGGCUACUCGGUGGCGAACCUCGUCAGCUCCCUCCUCCGCGACCAGCGCCGCAUCCACCCGGUCUCGGUGCUCGCCAGCGGAUUCAACGGCAUCCCGGAGGACCGCCAAGUCUUCCUCAGCCUCCCCGCUAGGCUCGGCCGCGGCGGCGUGCACGGCGUCGUCGACAUGGAGCUCACCGAGGAGGAGACCAGGAGGCUCCAGCGCUCGGCCAAGACGCUCUGGGAGAAUUGCCAGCUCCUCGGCCUCUAGUUAUCUCAUCAUGUCUUCUCAUGGUGGGUACGCUACGGUCGUGAUUCCCGAGCAAGCUCAUGACAAUCAAUAAUCUUUUCAGAUUUAAAACGU